CUCUUGCAACACCACAAAGAUUUAGGCAAGAAAAUAAAAAUGGCAAUUCGUUCAAUUGAUUUAGAUGAAGUGACCUGCGAAAAUGAUAUUACUGCCAAUUCGCGUCAGAACGACAUUGAUUCAGAUAAAGAAAAGAACGACAUUGAUACCUUAAUUUCAAUAAUGUUACUUUCAAAGGGCGUUAAAAUUGAAGAUGUUGAUAUCAAGACGACCGCUAUAAAGCUUGAGGAUUUGAACACUGAAAAACUUGACUGGUUCAAAUAUGUAAUAGAAAUAUCAAAGGAAUAUGAUUUUGACGGUGAAAGAACGCUAUUCACAAAAAAUCCCUUGAAUAUGAAAGAUAACCCCACCAUUUUUACUAUAUCAUUAGCAUUAAGUCCUUUUAAAAAAGAAUUUCGUGUUAAUAUAACUAAAGAUAAAGGAGAGAUUAAAAAUGGAACUUAUGAUAGAAAACCAAUUGUUUUAAGAAAAAUUGCUGCCAAUCGGGAAAACGUUCAAAAAUAUUCGGAUAUUAUCAAAUUGUUAUCAAGGAAUGAUCAUAUUGAAAAAUAUUUUGGUAUUUUAAUGGCGGAAAUCGCUUCACCUCAAACACCAUUUUUUGCUGAGAACUCUGAAGAUAAGGUACAAAUUUCUCCUGAAAAACGCCCUACGGUUCCAGCCGACUUGGAUUCAGAAUACAAACAUUUGAUGGAAUCUUGUUGUUAUGAAAACCCUCGUUUUCGACCAACCAUAGACAUAGUUCGUGAUGAACUUGAAAUGCUAUUGGAUAUACAGAGUACGCAAGAUGCGCAAGGCAAAACACAGACACUUAAUAUAACCGUAGCGCAUGACGAAGCUUUUCGUAAUGUUAUCUCUACUGCACCAUCACCUUCAUUAUCAGUAUUAGGUCCAUUUGACGACGAUGAUGAAAAAACAUUUCCUAAUGCUUUGCUUCAGUUCGACAAUAGACAUAAUUAUGGUACUGAGAACAAUGAAUUACCGAGUUGGAGAGAAAUAAUGAAACGUCAUAGUAAGAAACUAUACGCGGAAGUUUACCCGUAUCUCGAAGAAUACGCAAGAAAAGAAGGACCCGAAGCAAAUCAAGCAAGAUAUCUACUUGGUUGGUACCUUCUUGAUGGACAAGAGGGUGUGCCUCAAGAUGAACGUGAUGCUAUGAAAUAUUUACGGCAGGUUUCUGACGAUCUGCCAGUUGGUACUUAUACUGCCGCAGCGCAAUAUUUGUACGCGCGAGCGUGUUUGAAAGGAUCAAUGUAUAAUAGGAAGAAUGGACUUGAAUAUUUAAAAAAGGCCGUAGAAGCACGUGAUAAGAAUGCAUUGUUUUGGUAUGCUGAUAUUUUACUAAAUGGGGAACAUGAUGUACCAAUCGAUAUUGAGGGUGCCGAGAAAUAUUAUAAAGAGGCUAAAAGCCGUGGUCAUCCAGAUGCAGAAGCUGCAUUAGAGAAACUGCAAGCUAAGAAUGAAAGUGGUUAG